CUGAAACGCUUGCGCUCCAGUGUCCUUCAUGACUGGGGGCGCUCAUUGGAUGGAGUGUACUGUGCAGCACCUCCAGCCUCUAACCCCACAUGUGGCCACUCUAGGAAGCUGGAAGGUCCAGUGGGCACCUCAAACCUAUCUACUGGACAACUCUCCAAUCCCCAUUCUGGGGUGAGAGCUGAUGGAAUUCCAACUGUCCUGGCCAGUCAAUGCUGCAUGGCCACUGUGGCCACUAUCUCCUUCCUGGAUAGCCCUGGCUUCCUCCGUGUGUCACCACAGGUAUCUUCUAUACAGCCAGAGAGUCUCCUUUUAGAAAAGCGGACCUGACCAUGUUCCCACAAGAUGGUGUCCUGCUCCUUCCUACACGGGGAUGCUCAGCAAACACACCGUUCUAUUUCAGGCCUCUGUCCAUGGGGUUCCCACUGGCCAAGAACCAGCUUCCCUAGGGCCACCACCGCUUGCCCAGGCCUUGUUCUGUGCCAGGCAUAGAACAAGAAGUAAAAUAUUCAAGGAGAGAAAGUCAGGUAGGGGAUGAGAAAUGUAGGGUGGGAAGUGUGACAUUUGUAGCCAAAGGGAAGCAGAGAUAUAUGCUGAUACUUUGAUGUUUGGUGAAAAGUUGAAGGAGGUGGUGAUGUGGUGUCUUUCGGUUGAAUGGACCGAGGAAGGUCCAUUCAUGGACCAUCCAUGCUGGGCACCUUCCAGAGCACAGGCCCUGAGAUUGCCUGUGCCUGCCACACUUUCUGGAUGAGAAAGAGGUGCUGUUGCAGGGUGUUGAAAACUGGCCCAAUGGGGCUGGGACGUCUAAGAGGGAGAAGUCAGGGUUGACUCUUGCUGGUAUACUCUCAACGUCACCUCACCAGAAGCUGGCAUCUGUGGGCUCGUUUAGGCCCGGGUGGCACUCAGUACAGCUUUGAGUAUCUGCUGUCCUUUGCUCAUUUCCUGUCCCGCAAGAGGGAGAAGGGAGCAAUCGAGACGUGAUGAGACACUACACCAGGGGGAACACGCAUCGGGGGUGCAGGUGAGGGGUGUGUGCCCAGGUCCCCUGCCCUGAGCAUCAACCCCUGGACUGGGGGCAGAAGCCCUGGCUCAGCAUCUUCCUCCAUACCCUCAAGGGGAAAGCAAGAAGGGCAGUCAGUGCACCCCGAGAAAUCUUUAAGGUGCAUUUCAAAAUCUGAGGAGAGAGGCAAGGAGUAAUCUUGCUUCCCAAGGAACUCUUUCUCCUCCUUGCCAGCUGGUUCUCGACCUGGGUUAGGUGAGUCGUGCCGAGGGGCUGGGGGCGGGGACUCGGCCGCAGAGGGAGGGGGCCGAUUUCAUGUGCCGAGGGGGCGCCCGGGAGCUUAGGCUCCGCCCCCCACCCCUGCCGGAAGGGAAGGGAGGCUGUGGCCAGCGCCAAACGAGCCAGACCCGACGACUACCGCGGCGGGGGCGGCUGGCCAGGGACCCGGCGACACCGGGCGCACCGAACGGGCACGCCGCCAACGCGGUCACGUGCGUCGGCCACUCCUCUAGCGCCGGCCUCCCCCGCGCGCCGCUCUCUCCAUUCAUAAAUUCUCCGCCUGCUCCGCGGCCACUCGGUGCCGGAGCCAGCCAGGAACGACGCGCAAUCGCUCGCCCGCCCGCCGCCGGUCCUGGCGCUGAGGCCGCUUCUUCCCACCUCAGAAUGCAGCCCACAGCCACCAUGGCCACAGCUGCUGCCACCACUGCCACAGUAGCUCUGACAUCAUGGGACAACGCCACUGGCCAUCCCACGGCCGAGCCUGACCCCAUCCUGGACAACUACGUGCUGCUCGUGGUAGUGAUGUCACUAUUUGUGGGUGGCACACUGGUGGUGCUGUCCGGGGUCCUGCUCCUCUGCAAACGCUGCUGGGAGGUACACCAGCGCUUCAACAGAGCUGUGGAGGAAGCUGAGAAGACCACCACCACUUACCUGGACAAUGGCACCCACCCAGCCCAAGACCCUGACUUCAGGGGGGAGGACCCCGAGGGCCUGGACACAGAGACGGAGCGCUUCUUGUCUGCCAGCGCCACUGGCCGCCGGGUCUCCUUCAAUGAGGCGGCCCUAUUUGAACAGAGCCGCAAGACACAGGACAAGGGCCGUCGGUAUACCCUGACAGAGGGGGACUUCCACCACCUGAAGAAUGCCCGCCUCACCCACUUGCACUUGCCACCCCUGAAGAUUGUCACCAUCCAUGAGUGUGACUCGGGUGAGGCCAGCUCGACUGCCACCCCCCACCCAGCUGACACCCACAAGGCCAGCCUUGCCAUCUUCCAGCCCCCGGGCAAGGCCCUCACUGGCCGCUCUGUGGGCCCCAGCUCCGCCCUGCCAGGUGACCCUUACAACUCAGCUGCGGGCACCACCGACUUCGCAGAGAUCAGCCCCUCAGCAUCUAGUGACUCCGGGGAAGGCACCUCGUUGGAUGCAACUACCAGGAGCACCAAGGCUGGUGGCCCAGGGGCUGCUUCAGGGUCCAGGGAGGUGAGCCCAGGCUCUGGGGCAGGUACUGUAUUACAGUUCUUCACCCGACUGCGCCGCCACGCCAGCCUGGAUGGGGCUAGCCCCUACUUCAAGGUCAAGAGAUGGAAGCUGGAGCCCAGCCAGCGGGCGGCCAGUCUGGAUACUAGAGGUUCCCCCAAGCGGCACCACUUCCAGCGGCAGCGGGCAGCCAGUGAGAGCAUGGAGCAGGAGGGGGACACCCCACACACGGACUUCAUCCAGUACAUUGCCCGUGCAAGCGACACAGCGGCCUUCCCGCCCCCCCGCCCCUUUCUGGCCAGCCCCACCAGUCCGCCCCCCUCUCUCGGCAGGCUAAAGUCGGCUGAGGCAGCGGGAGGAGUGAGCCCCGAAUCCUCCCCAGAGCGCAGCGGCGGGGUGGGGCCACAGCAGCAGCAGCCGCAGCAAGGACAACAAGAACCCGACACCGAGCGGGACGCAGGUCCCGACCAAGCCCAGACCAGCUACCGCGACCUGUGGAGCCUGCGUGCCUCGCUUGAGCUGCACGCAGCCGCCUCUGACCAUAGCAGCAGCGGCAACGACCGUGACUCGGUGCGCAGCGGCGACAGCUCGGGGUCGGGGGGCGCGCCGCCCGCCUUUCCGCCGCCCUCGCCACCCGCGCAGCGGCCCAAAGAUGGCGAGGCACGCCGACUGCUGCAGAUGGACAGUGGCUACGCCAGCAUUGAGGGCCGUGGUGCGGGCGAUGAUGCUGAGCCGCUCGCCAUGCCCGUAAGGCCUCGCAGUCCACGUGCUUGGCCUCGUCGCCCGCGCCGAGACUACAGCAUCGAUGAGAAGACCGAUGCACUCUUCCACGAGUUCCUGCGCCACGACCCUCAUUUCGACGACGCGCCACUCGCCGCCGCGCGUCACCGCGCACGCGCACACCCGCACGCGCGCAAGCAGUGGCAGCGCGGCCGGCAACACAGCGACCCUGGCGCACGUGCGGCCAUGGCCCCGGCCGCGGCCCCAGGUGUGGCCCGCCUAGCACGUGCGCCCUUGCGCCGCGGCGACAGCGUAGAUGGUCCCCCCGACGGCCGCGUACUUGCUGGCGACGACUCCGCUAUCUCUGUCAUCGAGGAGGAGCCCGGCGGCGGGGGCUGCUCAGGCUCGGGCCUGUGCGUCGAGCCUUCUGGGGCGCUGCUGGACAAGUUGGCGGCCGGCCUCGAAGAGAGACUCUUCCCACUUCGCCUCGCCGAACCCGUUGCUGCGGCUGCCGCACUGGUCGCCGCUGCCCCUACGUCCCCCGACCACAGCCCGGUCUAAGCCCCGCGCCCAGAGCUCACCUCUUGGCAGCUUCUCUGGCGCCGCGUGGGGACUCGGUGGCGGGAAACACGUGGAAGCGCAGCGACCUGGCGCGCGCGCACUCGGUUACGUACGCUCUAGUGCAUCUCCAGAGUGCACGCGCACAGCCCCCUGUGAGCGCCUCGCCGGUUUCCCAAGGCAUCCUGAGGCGCUGGCGCUCCAGAGCCCUGGCUGGGAAGGAGAGAGAAACAAGUCCUCGCCCGGAGGCUCCUGAGGACAGCGCCCUACUGCCCUCAUGGCGUCCCUUAGUCGGAGGCACUCACUUCUCACACACAGCGCAGGCUAUCCCGAGGCACUUGCUCGUGUCCCCAAGGCAGAAGCGCUGGGCCGCCCGGGUCGGGAGGUUGGCUCGAGGCUGCCAGUUCCCGAAGCCGUUUACCUCACUACGGCGUGUGCCUGCGGCAGCCCGCGCCCCUUCUGAGCAAUAACCGCGCCCGCCGCUGACUAGGCCUGGACGCAUCUCCUGCCGCCGUCCGAGUCGCACCCCUGCAGUCCCGCAUGUGCUUGACGCCCCUCCACCUCAGUUAAAGGAGGCACCAGAACUCCUUGGUGUUUGAAACAUGAACAAAACUCACACGGCCAAGGCGUCAAGUUUCCCAAGCUUUAUUUAUUGCCAAAAAAGGGGCUCACCCUCGCCUGCCUCGCUGUCCCACCCUAGACGUUUUGUGCCCAGUGUGUACCAUCUAAUAAUGGAAUUUCCUGUUGUGUUUUUGUUUUCUGAUUGAUUAUAAAUAUUUACUGUAUA